AUCGUAGCGUCUCUGGCGGAGUGGGCGGGGCUUGUGCUGUACGGACUUGGUUAGCUAGUUACCUGCCGCAAGCACUGAUAUUUACUAUAAGUCCUUUCGCGUUCAGUUCACGAUGAUCCAGUUUCAGAGAUCAGGAUGAAUUGAUGAACAUUUCUCAGAUUGUUUUGUACUUUAGAGGGGGGUGUUUAUAAUUGUUUGCAGUGAGGAAUAAAUCGUGCUGCAUGUCAGUGCUCUAUCAUAAGGACUGCAGUUGGCCUCUGGGUCCAAGCUGCACGAGAUCUGCUGGUCCUGCACUUCCAGUCAUGUUUAUUUCAUAACGAUGGCGUCAAGGAGCACCCUGUGAACUAAAUGACUGUCAGAAAUAUCGCCUCCAUUUGUAAUAUGGGCACCAAUGCCUCUGCUCUGGAGAAAGACAUUGGUCCAGAGCAGUUCCCCAUUAACGAACACUACUUUGGAUUGGUCAAUUUUGGCAACACGUGCUACUGUAACUCAGUGCUGCAGGCGCUGUAUUUCUGCAGGCCGUUCAGGGAGAGCGUGCUGGCCUACAAGGCGCAACAAAAGAAGAAGGAGAACCUGCUGACCUGCCUGGCUGACCUCUUCCACAGCAUUGCCACCCAGAAGAAGAAGGUGGGAGUCAUCCCCCCCAAGAAGUUCAUCUCUCGCCUGAGAAAAGAAAAUGACCUGUUUGAUAACUACAUGCAGCAGGAUGCUCAUGAGUUCCUCAACUACCUGCUGAACACGGUGGCGGACAUCCUGCAGGAGGAGAAGAAACAGGAGAAACAAAACGGCCGGCUGAAGAACAACGGAAGCACUGAAACCGAGACCGAGAACAAGACCGAGUCCACCUGGGUGCACGACAUCUUCCAGGGUACGCUGACCAAUGAGACGCGCUGCCUCAACUGCGAGACGGUAAGCAGUAAAGACGAGGACUUCCUGGAUCUGUCUGUGGAUGUCGAGCAGAACACGUCGAUAACACAUUGUCUCAGGGAUUUCAGUAACACGGAGACGCUGUGCAGCGAGUAUAAGUACUACUGUGAAACCUGCUGCAGCAAGCAAGAGGCCCAGAAACGCAUGCGAGUGAAGAAGUUGCCCAUGAUCUUGGCCCUGCACCUGAAACGCUUUAAGUACAUGGAGCAGUUACAGCGCUACACAAAGCUGAGCUACCGCGUGGUCUUUCCGCUCGAGCUGCGCCUCUUCAACACGUCUGCCGACGCCGUCAACCUCGACCGCAUGUAUGACCUUGUGGCUGUGGUGGUACACUGUGGCAGUGGGCCAAACAGAGGACACUACAUAACGAUAGUGAAGAGUCACGGCUUCUGGCUGCUGUUUGAUGAUGACAUCGUGGAGAAAAUAGAUGCACAGGCAAUAGAGGAGUUCUACGGUUUGACUUCUGACAUCUCGAAGAACUCUGAGUCAGGAUACAUCCUUUUUUAUCAGUCCAGAGAGUGACAGGGUCAGAGGAUGAAGGAAGAGGAAAGAAAAAAAAAACCUUAUGAUGGAAAGUAGGGGACAAAACAAAUGGAAGAAAUGUAGUUCAAUCACUAACACCAUGCAGUUCACAACCCAAUCUCACACACUCUCUCUCACAAACACACACACACACACACUCAGGAGCAAGUUCUGAAUGCUGUGCCAAUAGCAUCCUGACCUCAUUUUUGCCAAUACUACAUUUCCCAGAAUCCCCUUCCUUACAUCAUCAUUGCACUCUGGGGACACACUGUGCGUGUGUGUGUUUUUUUUGUUUGUUUGUUUGUUUGUUUGUUUGUUUUUGGUGGGGUGGGGGGUUUCAUCAAAACUGACCCUCGGUCAGUCACCUGCAUAUGGAAGGCACUUUAUGAACAAAAUGCAUCAACAUACAUAGUGACAAACACUACAAAAGCAGCAAAAGAACAACACAGUGUAUGACAUCGCUCUUGUCAGGACCUUAAAAGGAAAGAAUCGGCAACUUUGGGAAUCAUCCACUCCCAGAUCCGAGUCCUCCUUCAGAGGGAGACCUUCACGUUAUUUUUAUUUAUUUAUUUUUGCAAAGUUUUAGGGUUCCUCUCCUUGGAGAUCAGUGUGGUUUCCCUGGCACAGAUGUGUGUGUAUGAACAGAAUGUUUUCAUUUAUAUGUUCGUGUAGUACACGUAUAUGUUCCGUUCUCCAAAUCUGAUUUCUCACAAAGAAUUUUCCAGUGAAUUAUUGAAUGAAAUGAAACCAACAUGAAUGAAUGAAUGAAUGAAUGUUAGCUCUUAUCCUAUUGGACAGUUAGGACUUUUGGCUUAAGUUAUCUGGCUAACUAAGAAAUCAUUAUUUCGCCAAAGCAAGGUAACUUUUUAUUUCCGGUGCACUACAUUUGCUCUAGGGGUUUAGUUGCCAUCCAUGCAUUCGCUGCAUUGUGGAGCAUUAUAGGGAUAAGGGUAAUUAAUGAUGAAUGCAUUUGGAUGAACCAGGACAAAAGUAAAGCUUUUGAGUAUGUUCAGCUAUAUUUAAGACAAUUGUCCAGUCCAAUCGGGAUUAUCUUCUGGCAUUUAAGCCCUAAUUAAAACCUUCCUGAGAGGAAACGGGCCGUUGCUGCUAUACUCUCUAUCUAAAUCUACAUGAUAGGCACCAGGCCAUGGAUAUCUCAGGUCAACAAAGUCCUUCCUGCCUUACAUCAGCAGCAGACUAUGACAGGCAGAAAGACCUUCAUCUGUUGAAAGUUAUUGUAUGUUUAAACUCGUGACGAUCCUCCGAUUCAGCCAGGAUUCAAGCCUAUAGCUCUGUUAUUGCCUCAUCUGUUCCUAUUAUCCAACUGCCGUUGUGCUCCAUGUUGCAGAGGAAAGUAGUGAAGCAUGGAAGUCUGCUUACAGGUUCAAGAUGUCAUAAACGUAGAGAUAUACAUGCUGAUGCUUAAUAGUAUCUGGAGCACUGAUCAGCUUUUCCCUGCAUUGAUAUUCACAGAGGAAAGCUCAUACUUGACCCCAGAUCUCUGCAUAGGCUGAGUGCUUUGCCCGUCUUAGGCCAGUUGUAAUAAUUUCAGUACAAUCCUGUAAGCAUUUGUCUGGAGGGCAGUGCAGAUUGCACUGUGCCAGCUUGCACACUUCGUAAGUAUUUCACCGAUAUGAAAUGACGGUUGUUAUGUUUUCUUAAUGUUACAACAACAACAAUGAUAAUAAUAAUGUCUGUAUUUGGUACUUUUUAAGGCUUAUCUGAGAUCAUUUCUGUUUCUCUGCAAUGAUUAACACUAAGGGAACGGUGUCCGAAGCUGAUCCUAGUUCAGCAUUAACAGACUGCAUCAAGAUCUUGUAAUGACUUCAGUUCAAUGUACUCAUGAUGGCUGCUAUGGACCCUUAAGUAGAAACGCACAAUUUAUCUCAUUGGAAAAUAUAAAGGGCAUUUUUUUUCAGAGACUUUUCUGAUUCUCUGUAUUCGUGAGGAGAGUCUAUGGCUUUAGCGAGAGAAGAAUUGAAGGCCUGGUUGAUUUGAGAGAAAUAUUUUGCAUGACAAGCUUAUCUCUGACUGAAUUUGGUUGUGUGUAUAAUGAACAAGGUCAAACUAGGGAAAAGAUUAACAUUCCUGGACAUGCUCAUGUGCUUUUUGUUAAACCAAGGAGAAUAAUAUCAGACUUGUGGUAUAAUGAAUAAUUCCUGAUUUGCACCUUGA